AUGGAAGACAUUGACACAAUUGAUUCAUCUGCUCCUCCACCUCCUCCAAUGGGAGGUCCACCUCCUCCUCCACCUCCUCCUCCUCCAGGACCUCCUCCUCCUCCAGGACCUCCCCCUCCCUCUGCAAACCCAGGCAGGAAUGCUCUUUUGGGUUCUAUUCAAGGCUUCAACUCCUCCAAGCUCAAGAAGGUCAAGCCCAACGAUAAGAAGUCAGAUGGUAUGGCUUUGAAGAAGAUGAUGAUGAUGGUGAUGGCAGGCGGUGUUGGUUGUGGCGAGAAAUGGCGCAGAGUUCAGCAAUAG